AUGGAUGAGAAUGACACAAAUGCUGAACCAAUGUUUGAUGAUCACGGCUUCAAUGAAGGGUAUAAUAUUGAUUCACUCGAAAACAUUGGGAUGAUUGAAUUUUGGAACAUCAGGGACAAAGACAUAUGUCACUUUCACUUUUCUGAUGUCGACAUUACAUUUGUGUUCACAAUAGAUAUGCAAGGACAAGAGAAAAAACCCAUGCUAGAGACAAGGUGUGGCUGCAAUGCAAUGAUGGAGAUUCGUCUAGAUGCACCUGGUGGUCAUUGGUUUAUUUCUUAUUUUUCUGAUGAGCACAAUCAUCCGCUUCUGGAUCCUCGGUUGACUGGAUUACUUCGUGGCCAUAGAUUUAUGUUCGAGGCUGAUAUUGGACACAUGAUUAACAUGAAAAAGGGGUGA